AGCGCAUUAAUAAUGAAAUAAAACACUACACAAACUCUGUUUCCCCGCAUGACGUAUAUCCUGCACGGAGCAAAGCGCACUCACAACCACAGGCAACAUCGCGAUCAUAAUCACAAUCACACGUUGACAGCUUAUAAGCUAGCUAGACAGCCAAGCUUGGCUAACUCAUUCACCACAACACACUAACAGGCUGCUACGGGGGACUCGAGAAGUUUUCGUAGAAGAUGGCAUUCUUCUCGACAGACAACCUAGGUGCCGGCGGUCGAGGGGGGGACGCGUCCGCUCAGCAGAAUCCCGCGGCCGUGUUUGGACCCCAGGAGCCCGGGGCCUUCAGCAACAGCGCCAUCAGGAACAGGGGUGCCUUCGUGUGCCAGACGAAGCACAAGGCUUUCGCGGAGCUGAAGAGGGAGUGCCUGGCGAAGGGUGCCCUCUUUGAGGACGCGGAGUUCCCGGCCACGGACUCAUCCCUGGGUCCGUCCUUCUCCGGACAACGACACCAGUGGAAGCGACCGCAGGAGAUCGUUCAAAACCCGGAGUUCAUCGUGGACGGUGCCACAAGAACGGACAUUAAACAGGGCGCUCUGGGUGACUGUUGGCUGCUGGCUGCCAUCGCGUCACUGACACUCAACGAUCAACUGCUGGCGAAGGUGGUGCCUCCGGGCCAGAACUUCAGGGAUGGCUACGCUGGAAUAUUCCACUUCCAGUUCUGGCACUUUGGCGAGUGGAUGGACGUCUUCAUCGAUGACCGACUUCCAACGAAGAACGGGCAGCUCGUGUUCGUGCACUCGGCCGACAAGCGCGAGUUCUGGAGCGCGCUGCUCGAGAAGGCGUACUCCAAGCUCAACGGCUCUUAUGAGGCGCUCAAGGGCGGCAGCAUUGCGGAGGCCAUGGAGGACUUCACGGGGGGCGUGUACGAGCUGCUCGACCUGAAGACCGCUCCGCCAGACCUGUUCCGCAUCAUGUGCAAGGCGCGGCAGAAGGGCUCCAUGAUGGGGUGCUCCAUCGACGUGACGAAUGCCUCCGAGUCUGAGGCGCGGACGUCAAAUGGUCUCGUGAAGGGCCACGCGUAUUCCAUCACGGGGGUCGAUGAGGUGAACUACCGUGGCCAGAAGGUGAAGCUGCUCCGUAUCCGCAACCCUUGGGGCGAGGUGGAGUGGAACGGUGCCUGGAGCGACCAUGCCCCGGAGUGGAAGGCCCUGGAUCAGGGAGAGAGGAACCGGCUGCAGCAAGUGAUGGCGGAGGAUGGAGAGUUCUGGAUGUCGUUCGACGACUUCAUGCGGUAUUUCACGAAGAUGGAGAUCUGUAACCUGACCCCGGACCGUGUGGAGCGCGAAGGCGACCCGCGCUACUGGACCGUCACGGUGCACGAUGGUCGCUGGCUCAAGGGCUGCACCGCCGGCGGCUGCCGCAACUUCCCCGAGACGUUCUGGACCAACCCGCAGUUCCGCCUCAAGCUGCACAACGAGGACGACGAGGCGGACGAGACCGGCAGCAAGGCCUGCUCCUUCAUCGUGGCGCUCAUGCAGAAGAACAUGCGCAAGCAGCAGCGCAACAUGCUCACCAUGGGCUACGCCAUCUACAAGAUUCCCGAUCAGACGGGCCCGAUGCCCAAGGAGUUCUUCCUCUACAACGCCUCCAAGGCGCGCAGCCCGUCGUUCAUCAACCUGCGCGAGGUGUCGCAGCGCUUCCGCCUGCCGGCGGGCGAGUACGUCAUCGUGCCCUCCACCUUCGAGCCGCACCAGGAGGCCGACUUCCUCGUCCGCGUCUUCGCCGAGAAGCCCAACCGCUCCAAGGAAUCGGAUGACAAGAUUGGAGCAGACAUAGAUUUGAACGAUGUGGCCAAGCCUGGAACGGAAACCGAGGACGAUCGUAAAUUUAAAACCUUGUUCGGUCGGCUCGCAGGAGAGGACAUGGAAAUCAGCCCCAAAGAGCUGCAGGACAUGCUAAACAAGAUCACUGCCAAGCACGGCGAGCUGGAGUCGACCGGCUUCAGCAUGCAUGCGUGCCGCAGCAUCGUCGCCCUCACGGACGUGGACGGCUCAGGGAAGCUGGGUCUGCAGGAGUUUCGCAUCCUGUGGAACAAGAUCAAGAAGUGGCAGGCCAUCUUCAGAAAACAUGACGAAGACCUGUCGGGAACGAUGUCUUCCUACGAGAUGAAAAACGCCCUCAAUGCCGCAGGCUUCCAGCUGAACAGCCAAAUGUACCAGCUGAUCAUCAUGCGCUACACGGACGAGAGCAUGCUCAUCAACUUCAACGACUACAUCACCUGCCUCGUCCGGCUGGACGCGAUGUUCCGCGCUUUUUAUACCGUUGACAAGGAGAAGAAAGGCUUCGUGAAAAUGCCAUUUGACCAGUGGAUGACCGUGGCUAUGUACGCGUGAAUAUUCGGCGUCAACGAAAGAGAGAAAACGCGACCCCCCCCCCCCCGAAAAGAAAACGACGGCUGUGAUCUUCUAGCUAGACACCUUUGGGCUGGCUGUGGGUCCCCCACGCUGUCCCACAUGAGUUUCAAGCAUGAUUGGCGAGAAUAACAUACUUUUAAGUGACUUUUAAACACGCCACCCUGGCACUUUAGUGGCAUCACUGUUUCUGAUGCAUUUAAAAUGAAGGCAGUCACACCCUGCAGAUUCAUCACAUACAGCCACGGCUGAGCUCUCCGAUUAUUAUCCAAGUAAUCGAUCACUCCACCGAUGAUUGGCUCAAAUGCUCGAUUAAUCGGAUAACAGGAAUCGGUAGGACAAGAAAAAAGUGUCACCUCUGCUCCCAUGUGUGCCGCUGAACUGGAGGUGAUGGGCCGGGCUUGGUGAUGUCAUCUGCCUCAUCAGCCACGUCACGUUAGGUGUGGCUUGUGGGGGGGUGGGGGGGGGUUUCCCGCCUUCGGGAGGCAGGACGUGGGGGCGGCAAGAUUUAAAAAGGUGCCCAACUAAUCGAGGACAAACAUAAAAAAUAGUCGAUUACAACGCCAUGGUGGGUACCGUGGAAGGUCACUUGAAAGAUACAUUAUUUCGCUCACAAAAAAACCCUGAAACUUGUAGUUGGAUGACUCGGAAGACGCAGGCUAUUUUUCUAGCUACAAGAUGAGAGCUGUUUGUUGCUUUGGGUCACGUCUUCCAUGAAGAGACCUUGAGAAUCGCCACUAUCAAGAACAUGGCAGCUGCAUUUGCCGCCUGUGUGAAAAUUUAUAUUCAUGGGCGGUGGGAUAAUGAGAGUCCGGAUGGAAUUAUAAGGGUCUGUGUGGGAUAAUGAGGGUUCGGAUGGGAUUAUGAGGGUUUGUGUGGGAUUAUGAGGGUCCAGAUGGGAUGAUGAGGUUUCAGAUGGGAUUAUGAGGGUCCAUAUGGGAUGAUGAGGUUUCAGAUGGGAUUAUGAGGGUCCAGAUGGUAUUAUGAGGGUCUGUGUGGGAUUUGAUGGUUUGGGAAAAGUGGGUGAGACGCGGGUGGCAUUUGGCCGGGAUUCAGCGAUGUGUUUGGGAGGAGGUUCGUUGAUGAAGCUUGCGAUUCGGGUUGCCACAUGUACCGGGUUUCCCAGGUUCAUUCUCUUGUUGAGGCAGCUGCUGUCCUGGGAAAUCUAUCGGUCUUCCCUGGACAAUAAAAGUCACAGUUUUUUUUUGUCUGUUGAGUCGCAAUAAUAUUAAUUUAUACACCACUCAAGACAGACAACGCAUUUACAUGCAAUUCUCCCCUCUUCUGGUAUUCCGAGAUAUUCUCCUGUCAUCCUCGCAGCGGCUUUUGGCUAACCAUCAAACAAACACAGUUUACUGCAUCGCCCGUCUGGAAUGCUCUGCCUUUCGAUAUUCGGAAGCCACUGGAGCUAUCCACUUUUAAAUCUAGGUUGAAAACGCAUUUCUUUAGAACGGCUUUUUGUGUUUCGUUUCUUGUCCUUCCCCCGCACCUCCAAUUCGCACGGUUAGCUACGUACGGUGCGAAAGAACUUCAACAUAAAUACAUUCUUCUUCCUGCAUUUUUUGUAUAUCAGAGGUGGCAACCCUAGUCGGCAUGGUAUUGUUGAUUUUUUUUUUGUGUGGCAUGUGGAACAGUGAUGUCCUGUGCUGCAAACUGCCUUGCACGGUUACGAUCGCUUCUGCAAUCUCGACGGCAAAGGAGCGGCUCUAACAGGAGAGCCCGUUCCAACGUGAGGCGCGUGACCACGAUGCCAUUAAUCAUCGAACAUCAAUUCCCUGCACUCACGAUAUUGCGCGCAUCCAAUUAGGCCUGUAGGAAACGACUGUUUACAAUUGACGCACAUUGUAUAAAUAUGCCUGUCCACAUUCAAAUAACUCAAAAUGCGAGCCAAUUUCACGAGAUCUCUGAAGCUUGAGCCAGGCGUGUGAGCCCGGACGGGUGACCGCCACGCAACUACUUGAUGGGCAUGAGAGGUGAGUUGCAGCAAAGUGUAAAAUGUUGCGUUGUUGUAUUUUACUAUGGCUGCAACGUCGAGAUUCCCCGCCUUCACCAUUCCGCACUUAACUCACAGAAUCGUGAGGUUUGGGUCAAAUAACCGCCACGAUGCGUACAGAGCGGUGGAGACAUUCAAGCGAUGUUUGCAUCGAAAUUAAAGUUAAAGGACAACACCAAAGGACUGUAUGAUGCACACGCACAGCCAUUUUGUAUAUCCACUGCUGGAUGAGGGCCUCCUCGUGCCGUGUCGGUCGUGGGGAGGUUAUUUUGACCAUACUUCAUCACGCCAGUCAGCGCGAGGUUGUUGAAGGCGGGGAACAUACGUUGGUGCGUAGUGCAGUACAAUUCUGCAUUUUUGUUUUACACUGGCUGUCCGAUGCACACCAAGGAGCCCUACGACCUACAUGUUGUAACGCAAUACACUAAUGUUGUUUAUACUUGCCUUUAUCUACAGGAAUACGUUUUCAUAGAUGAUACUAAGGUAUAAGCCAAUGCUAUCGGUCAUUAUAAGUGCCUGCCCUGUUUACAAAUGCCACCCGUUUGGGACGGGGUGUGGAGCCUCUUCACGAUGCUGAGCCACCGUUGAGGGGCAUUGGGUUCUUGGGUGGGAUGAACGGUCUGAUGCUUUUACAAAGUGUCAACGCUGCAGUCUUUAUUUCACACUGUUUAACAUUAAACGUCUUUUAGCAAACUA